AGCGAAGCAGUGUGAUUUAUAUUCCAUACGCUUUACAGCAGAAAGAUGGAGUUCAAGUUCUUACAUCUCCUUUUCGUCGUAUCCUGUAUUCAUGUUACAACCUGCGAAUAUGAUAACGAUUCGACUAUAGUAGACAUAUAUGACACGACCGAGGAAACAACCGAUGAUUUCUAUACAACUGAGAGCGGAGAUGAAAUUAUAGAACGUAUGAAACAAUUCGAAUCAAUUCUAAAUUUGUUGAGAUAUCCAGCGAUUGUUCUUCAGGAUGCCUUUCAGACCAUGUUCUUCAAAACAGGUGACUUGAAACCAACAGUAAUCUUAGAUUCUCUAGUGUCAAGAAUUUUACCUUUAUUAGAAAAUGAAGACAAAGAAGUAUUAUUCACUCUCUUUACUUUCAUAAAAGACUAUUUAACAAGAGAACUUUCCUUCGACGAUCUCCUGAUAUAUUAUAAUGAAAUCGAACCCGCAUUGAAACACAAAUUUGAUAUACUUAUCAUAGCAUUACAGGAUUUGAAUGCAGAGCUAUUGAAGUACAACGCCAUGGAUAUAACCCCUGAAAUUAGAGCAAUUCUUCAAAUACAGCAAAAGAUCUAUAGUAGAAUGUUCUACAUAGAUUUUUCUCAGAAUAAAAAAUAAAUAUAAUUCGCACCAUACUGAUUUGAAAAUUUUCAGACUUAAUUUAACAAUCAUUUUAAAUAUUCAAGAUUAAUUAUAACGAUGUUCAACCUCACCGAUGCUAUCGGAAGUAUAGAAAAUUAUGAUUGUCUUUUACAUUGUAUUAUACUUUUAAUCAAAUAAAUUUAUUGCAUUGAAUUA